ACAAUAGACAGAUUGGAGUUUACAGGGUCACGAAACGAAGUUGGAGUGUGCUUGUGAGCAUUUGCCUCCUGUCUAAAAGGAGUUAGGAGAUUGCAACAGCAUCGGGGAGGACCUUCCGUCUGCGCAGUUAAAAAAGGAGUCUCAGUUGAAAGUGAAUUGUCACACUGACAAUAACUUCGUACAUCUAAAAAGAAAAGUCUGCAAUUUGCAUUUCUCAGAGUUUUGAGAUCUACAGUCUUUGCUUCGCUCGGGUUACAUCAUACUGUUUGUUUCUGAAGUGAACCUUUGGACAUUGUAAUUUUCCGUCUUGAAAGAAUAGUUUUCAGCAGUUUGAUCAAAUAUAGCAAUAAACAUGUCCAGCACGCUUCAGCCAAGACUGUGUGUUCUACAGAAAGGCGCGAAUGGCUACGGUUUCCAUCUUCAUGGAGAGAAAGGAAAGACCGGGCAGUUUAUUCGGUUGGUGGAGCCAGAUUCUCCGGCGGAGACCGCGGGGCUACGCGCCGGGGAUAGGCUGGUAUUCGUCAAUGAGGAAAACGUGGAGGGCGAGAGCCAUCAACAGGUCGUGUCCCGGAUACGAGCCACCACGGGUGACUUGGAGCUAAUCGUCGUUGAUCAGGAGACGGAGGAGUUAUUGAAAAAACACAAUUUAAAGUGCCUCAAAGAGUUUGUCACCGAAGGAAUCCCACUUCCCAGCAACGAGUCGGAUGGGGAUGUCGGGGAGAACGGUACCCCGAGAGAAACGACCCCGGUUCCUGAGAAAAAUGGAGAGGUCCUGGAAAAGAAGCUGAGUGUAAGCUCCAAGGAAUCUAAAGAGGAGCUGCGCCCUCGCCUGUGUAACAUUAAGAAGGGAGAAGGGGGCUACGGGUUCAACCUGCACAGCGAGAAGACCAAGCCGGGCCAGUACAUCCGCGCCGUGGACGAAGACUCACCUGCCGAGAAGGCCGGGCUCCGGCCUCAGGACAGGAUCGUUCAGGUGAACGGCAUGUCGGUGGAAGGGAAGCAGCAUGCUGACGUGGUGGGCGCCAUCAAGGCCGGAGGCCAGGAAACCACCCUGCUGGUGGUGGACCCCGAAACAGAUGCCUUCUUCAAGAAGUGCAAGGUCACGCCCACUGAGGAGCACCUGACAGGGCCUCUGCCCGAGCCGGUUGUGAAUGGAGAGGUGGAGGACACGGUUAACGGGAAAGUGGCCAAAGAGCUGGAGACCAAGGUGUCCGUCAGUCCCUCUCCAUCCAGUGCCUCCUCUAAUGCUUCUCUCACGACUCCGCCCCCUGCCAGCACCCCGCCCCCUGAGGCCCAGGAGAAGGUGGAGGAGCAGAAGGAGGCGGCUGCGGAGACCAGCCUCUCCCUGACCAUGACCCUCCAGCAGGCCAAGGAGCGCGCUCACCAGAAGCGCUCCAACAAGAGAGCUCCUCAGAUGGACUGGAGCAAGAGGAACGAACUCUUCAGCAACCUAUAAACCUGCCACUCUGUCUUCUCUCUCUCUCUGUCACACACACACAUACAUGCACUCAUACACACACAGACACACAUGCACUCACACACACCAUAUACGUGUAUGUCAGAAAAACCACUCAGUGGGUCUUGCCCACUUUAUUUUUUUUCAAAACCAGUGAAAUCAAAAGCUAUUAAUGAUGAAAAACAGUAUAUAUUUCUAAAAUAUCAUAUAGACUUAAAAUGAGUAAAUAUAAAAAAGAAGAUGAAGGAAUCACCUAAAAAGAAUCUAUAUUUGUAUUCAUGUGUUGUAUGAAAGAAACAGCAAUCAGGAGCUGAGUGUAUUUCAGCUGAAGGGGAGGUUUGUGUAAGACGGGCAGGGAGGUGAAUGUAUGUGGAAGGGCCAGAGACAGGCAGGCUGCAUGGUGGCUCAAUGUGUCUGCUCUCUGCUUCCCGAUGGAGAUGGUCUUUGCAUCUUAUGGUCCGUGUGAAGAUUUGAAAGACUUGUGUUUUUUGUUUUCGUAAUUUAAACUAUAAGAAACAUUUGCGGCUAGCAGGGAAGCGUGAAACUUUUCAAUCGUUUUCUUUGUCUUCGUUUUUACAAAUCUCACAAAAGAACCUUAGCCGAAGAGGUGCGUGACCACUAACUACAACACAACUUAAGACAAAAUUUUGUUAAACUGAGCCACAAACUUCCCUGCACUUUUUAGUGUUAGUUUUAUUUUGAUUAUUACCUUUAUCACUGGAACCAUCUGAACCCUGUGUAGGUGGACCAAACAGCUGGUGUGUAAAAGGGACCCUGCGAUAUCUAAGGGUUCUAAAAGCGUGAUCUCAUUUCCUGUCACAUUUCACUUUCUGCUGUAUUUUGCUUCCCAUGAUUGCUUGUUUAAGCUCCACCCUAAAUAAAAUGCCAGAAACAGGCUAUUCUUGUGGAAAUCAUUUUCAAGGAUGUGUGUGCAGUUCAGGCCUAAGGACAUCAAUGCAGUCAUGAAUUUCAUUUCAAAUUGAAGCGUAAGGAACAAAGGUUUUUCCUGCUGUAAACAGUAUGUUCAUUUUUGUGUUUGGUUGUAGAAUGUCCUUUCAGCUUCAUGAAACUUUGUUAUUGCAUAUCAGUGUUUAAACCCCUGACAAUCAGCUCAAUAUAAUACGUCGGUUUGAGAGACCAAACUAGGCUCUUAGCCCAAAUCAAUUUUGUCUGUUUUAGCCAUAAUAUAAGAAAUUAUGGCAACCGGCGACAGAGUUUUGGUGACAUAGUUUUGAGAGCGUGAAGUCCUUUAGUGGUUUUGGACCUAUACUGUGGUUGUUACUAUUGUAAAUUUUUACUGUUGAUUUCUUUUUGUCGUUUUCUUCUUUCCACUAGCUAUCCGUUAAAAAAUUGAGAUUAUAUAUUUUUCUUGGUUUCUCUUAGAUUUUUGUAUUCAUAAAUGUCCGUGAAACAAAAUUUUAUUUUGCGAUGUCUGUUAAAAUGCCUCAUUGCAUUGAAUUACUUUUGAAUUUUAUUUUGCUGCUUUGUAUUGAAAUUGGUUACCUGCCCUGUCAUUGCAAUUAUAAGCAUAUUGCUUCCCUUGUCACUUGCUAACAGUAGCGUUUUAAAAGGUGCAUGCUUGUGUAAUGUGCAUGUACAUCUGGAGGCUACAUUGUAUAUUGAUGACUACUGUAUUAAAAUUUAGAUCACA